GAUGUUUGGGUUGGAGCAAAGAGUGGAGAUCCGAGAAACUUCCCCACCCCUCCACUUUGCCAAGAGUGAUAACCUGGCGAUAGAUGGUUGGUCCGCUUAAUAUUUGGUUUAAAAUCAUCGCUACAGAAAAUUAAAUCUUCAUCUACCCGCCACGUUUAGCUUCAGCUCCAAAAUUCCUGCAUCGACGCCAGCCGCCGGCCGCUGAUUCCGGUAGAACUUAUGGCGGCGACUCUAUCGGCUUCACUUACUUACAAUUCUGCGCUACUACAAAGAAAAUCCAGCCAAUCUCCGCGUGGUUUAUAUAAUCUCCGUCAUCGAAACCUUCUCUUUAAUUCCAGUUUCUCGCACUGCAGCGAUACUGUAAAAUUCUCAUUUCAGCGAACUGGCGUCGUCGUCUCGGCAAUAUCUGGUUCUCCCGAACUUGGAUCGUAUGUGGAGAGUGGGAACACUGCAGAUUUACUGGAUUCGGUGAAGGUGUUUGACUUGAACGGCAAUGGAAUUCCGAUUUCCGAUCUCUGGAAAGACAGGAAAGCUGUUGUUGCAUUUGCGCGUCAUUUUGGGUGUGUCUUUUGCCGAAAACGUGCUGAUUAUCUUGCAUCCAAGAAGGACUUAUUGGAUGCAUCCGGUGUGGCUCUUGUGCUGAUUGGACCUGGUAGCAUUGAUCAGGCAAAAGCAUUCAAUGAGCAAACAAAAUUUCAGGGAGAAGUUUAUGCUGAUCCUGCACAUUCAUCAUACGAGGCUCUAAAUUUUGUCUCUGGGUUUACAACCACAUUUACUCCCAAAGCGGGUCUCAAGAUUAUUGAGCUAUACAUGGAAGGCUAUCGGCAAGAUUGGAAUCUUUCUUUUCAAAAGGACACUGUGACUAGAGGGGGCUGGCAGCAAGGUGGCAUCAUAGUUGCAGGUCCCGGUAAAAAUAACAUCUCUUACAUUCACAAGGAUAAAGAAGCUGGGGAUGAUCCAGAUAUCCAAGAAAUUCUCAAGGCUUGUUGCUCAUAAAGUUGAGAGGGAUUCUCGCACUGCACAGAUCCAGUGCCACCUAAGGCUGGCUUGCAAUAAGGUAGUGAUUAUGGAACAAAAAUACCCUGAAAUUAUAUAGCUCACUUGAAAAGAAAAAGUAGAGAGUAUAGUUUUUGUUAAGAGAGCAGUUAGUUUUAUACUCUGAACAGUUGGAACAGUGUGGAUGCCAUUGUAGAAAUGGAUCAUAAAGGUAUAGAAUCAGGUGUAUGAAAUUCAUUUUCUAUGUAACUUCAGAUUGGGCCAUAAAGUGUUUGAAUAAUUAUUGAAUCAUACACAAUAGUAUCAGAAGCAUAUUAUUGAUUAAGAUUCAAUAAAUAUUAAAAAUUA